UCCGAUGAGUUCUACGGGGUUGUCAGGAUUGCCAUGUCGUGCUGCCGAUCAGCACUUCAGAAAAGCCUUUGCCCGCUUAGCCGAAAUGCGUCAGCGAGUAGAGUUGUGUGAUAUCACAAUUCUUGUAGACGGUGAAGAAAUUCCGGCACACAGAGCCGUUCUGGCUUCAUGCAGUCCGUACUUCCACGCUAUGUUUACCAUAAGCAUGGCAGAAAGCGGACAGGAACGUGUAGAACUGAAGGGAAUUGACUCUGAGUCUGUGAUUCAGUUGGUAGAGUUCGCUUACACGGCGACCAUAGAAGUGACCGAGAAGAAUGUCCAACAGUUGCUGCCCGCUGCCAGUUUGCUACAAGUUGCAGACGUUGUACAAGUAUGUUGUGAGUUCCUUGCUGGUCAGCUGGAACCAUCAAACUGUCUUGGAAUCAAAUCAUUCAGUGAGACACAUGGAUGUAUUAAUCUUGUUGAAGAAGCAAAGCGAUAUGCAGUCCAUCAUUUCAGUGAUGUCUGUCAUACCGAUGACUUCUACAUUCUAACUGCAGAUGAGCUGAAGGAACUUAUAUGCAGAGAUGACAUGUGUGUAUCAACAGAAAAGGAAGUGUAUGAUGCUGUCCUAGACUGGAUAUCACACGAUACUGAGAAUAGAAAAUCUGAAGCAGCGAAACUCAUGGAACAUGUGCGGUUGCCUCUAUUGUCUCGCCAGUGCCUUGUGAAUGAAGUGAUACCAAAUCCUAUUGUGAAAGACAAUGGAUCACACUUACUCGUUGAAGCCUUGACAUAUCAGCUAAUGCCAGAGGAAAGGUGGAAGAUAACAAGUACCCGGACUUGCCCUCGGAGGCCACCAGGAUUAUCAGAAGUAAUGUUUGCUGUUGGAGGAGGCAGUCUGUUUGCUAUCCAUGGCACGUGUGAAUCAUUCAAUCCAUCUUCUAAUACCUGGUCAAUUGUUGCCAGUAUGAAUACUCGAAGAGCACGUCUUGGUGUGGCAUCAGUUGAUCCUCUUGUCUUUGUUGCCGGUGGGUGGGAUGGAUCAUCAGACCUUAUAUUGGUUGAGUCAUAUAAUGCACAACAGAAUGUUUGGUCUUAUGUACAUCCAAUGGGGACUCGCCGCAGCUGCCUUGGUCUUUCAUCUCUUCAUCGCCUCAUCUAUGCCGUGGGAGGAUUUGAUGGUGCCUCAUGUCUAAACUCUACCGAAUGCUAUGAUCCCCUCACAAAUCAGUGGACUGUUGUUCCAGCUAUGAAUGUCCGCAGAAGAUAUGUGCGAACAUCAGUCUGUGACAAUGUCCUUUAUGCAUGUGGUGGAUUCGAUGGCACGUGCCAUCUCGCAAGCAUUGAAGCAUUUGAUCCAAGAGUUGGAAAAUGGAUGCACAAACCAUCAAUGUUGACAAGAAGAAGCAGCUGUGCAGUAACAACUCUUAACGGAUGCCUUUAUGCCACUGGUGGCCAUGACGGCUCAGCUAUACUUAACACUGUCGAGAGAUAUGAUACUAGAAACGAGUCAUGGUCUCUUGUUGCACCAAUGAUUAUUCGGCGUAGCACACAGGAUUGUGUGACCUUGGAUGGUAAUAUUUAUGUAGCAGGAGGAAACGAUGGCUCAUCAAGUCUCAGUUCAGUUGAGAUGUACAAGUCCCAGUUAAAUGAGUGGAUGUUAGUAACAGCCAUGAAUGUAAGACGCAGCAGCAUUGGACUGGCCAUGUUGAAGUGCUUCAACUGAAAGUACUGAUCAUGGGUGUACACAUGAAUUACAUAACAAUGGCACUCUGACUGCUCUGAAUUAAUAAGUGUUAAGAUAUGUCUGAGAAUUUGACUGUUACAUACUGCAAU